AUGGCGCACGCCUUUCGUUAUCCUGGCUUGUCUGGCUAUUACCUUCUCCGUAGCUUCACUCCUGUGGUUGAAUCCCUCACCGAGAUGGUUGGCCCUCCACGGCCGGGGAGCGGAGGCUACUGUAGUUUGGGACCACCUUGGUGUCAGCAGGCUGAACGUGAAAAGGUUGAGAAUAAGCAGACUCAGGGCGUCACUACUGAGGUUGUUGCGAGUGCUUCCAGCGACAGACAUGCUCCGUCCGCAUCCCAACGUCAAGACAGAUUAGUAGAGCACAAAUUUUUCGAUCUGUUUUCCAAAGACGUACGGACACGUACUGUUUUGACGAUGUUUCUCAUGGGCAUGCAGCAACUCAGCAGAAUAGAUGGUGUACUUUAUUAUGCCCCAUUGCUUUUCGAGCAAGCAGGCCUAACUUCCUCAGAUGCUAGUUUCUUUGCCUCUGGUGUUUCUGCAAUAGUUAUCUUCGCCGUAACCAUUCCGGCGCUCAAAUGGGCGGACAGGUGGGGCCGACGACUUAGCACUAUCUACGGUGGCAUCGGCCUCGCCGUCACAAUGUGCUUGAUAGGUGGCCUCUACGCAGGGAAUGCCGUAUACAACUCAAUUGGCGCAGGCUGGUGGGUGGUAGUUGUCUGCACCUAUAUUUUUGCAGUCAUAUAUUCUCUCUGCUGGGCAGUUGGCAUUAAGACCUAUGAAGCAGAGAUACGACCACAAAGGACUCACGCAUCGGCCACUAGCCUGGCACAUGGCAGCAACUGGGCCGCCAACUUUCUGGUCGCACUGAUAACACCCAUAUUACUGUCAAAGAGCAGCUUUGGUGCAUACUUUCUCUUUGGAGGAUGCACCCUGAUUACGGCAUUCAUCUGCGCCCUCUUCAUGCCCGAAACAAAAGGACAAUCCUUGGACGAGCUCGAGAAGGCUUCCAAAUCUAAAUCGCUGUCCAUAACACUGAUGAAGGCCUUCAAACCUAUUACCCAGACAGCCCAGCGAUAAUUGACCAGAAUUGGGAAGAAACAUUAUAGGUAUGUCAUGCACAUGCACUAAUUAGUUGCACAUGCCAGAAACGUAACCGUGCAGCCUGCCAUAGCCGAU